AUGUCAUCUCCCGGUGGAACAAUACCAAUAGUGAAUCCACCUGCAGAGGUCAUCAAUCCUGCUGAUGAGGAAUUCUACGCAUCAUGGGGUUUAUGUAUCCUAUGUUUACUAUUGAUAGGAGCCUUGAUAACGUCCUACUAUCUUCAAAUAAAACGUAUUAGAGCAGUACACGAGACUGUAGUUUCGAUAUUCGCAGGGAUGGUCGUGGGGUUGAUCAUUAGGUUAUCACCUGGACAUAUGAUUAGAGAGAUGCUAUCUUUCAAACAUACUUUCUUCUUCAACGCUUUAUUACCUCCAAUCAUCUUGAAUUCGGGAUAUGAGUUGAAACAAGCAAAUUUCUUCAGAAACUUCGGUGUAAUCUUGACUUUUGCUUUCCUCGGAACUUUCAUCACAGCAGUUGGGAUAGGAGUACUAUGUUAUAUCUGGUCUUUCUUGGGAUUAGAAGGAUUGAAAUUCACUCUUUUAGAAUGUUUGAUUUUUGGUUCAACUUUAUCAGCAACUGAUCCAGUAACUAUUUUGGCAAUUUUCAAUACCGCAAAAGUAGAUCCUAAAUUAUAUUCCAUCAUUUUUGGUGAGAGUAUUUUGAAUGAUGCUGUUAGUAUCGUCAUGUACGAGACUUUAUCCCAGUUUCACGGCGAAGAUAUCUACCUAUCAUCGCUCUUUCACGGUGUAGGAAUCUUCUUAUUCUCAUUCCUUGUUUCUAUGGCUCUAGGAGUAUCCUUUGGUCUAGCUUGUUCACUUGGACUAAAACACUCUCACUUGGCAACUUAUCCGCAUAUCGAAAGUUGCUUGGUCGCUCUAGUGGCUUAUACAAGUUAUUUCUUCUCAAAUGGUAUCGCUAUGAGUGGUAUCGUAUCCCUCCUGUUCUGCGGUAUCACCCUAAAACAUUAUGCCUAUCAUACCAUGUCAAAACGGACGCAAAGAACUACCAAAUACAUGUUUGCUGUAUUGGCUCAACUGUCAGAAAAUUUCAUCUUCAUCUACCUCGGAUUGAGCUUGUUCACUCAGGAUGUACAAGUGUUCAAACCUUUGUUCAUCCUUGUAGCGGCGAUCGCUGUAAUGGCCUCUCGAUACGCAGCCGUCUUCCCUUUAUCCGAACUCAUCAAUUGGGUUUACCACACGCGAGGACAGCGAUAUGAGGAAUUACCUCAUUCUUAUCAAAUGAUGCUAUUCUGGGCCGGUUUGAGGGGAGCAGUCGGAGUUGCACUCGCAGCAGGUAUAACAGGUGAUAAUGCCGACGCAUUACGAACAACCAUCUUAGUAGUUGUCGUAUUGACCGUUAUCAUCUUUGGUGGAACAACAGCUCGAAUGUUAGAAGUUUUAGGUAUCAGAGUAGGAGUUGAAGAUGAAGAUGCCUCUUCCGAUGACGAAGAAGGGUGGACAAGUUAUAAUGGUAAUUUAGCGUUACAAAUGGGACCUGGAAGUAGAAGAUAUGCAGGUCAAAACGGACGUGGAUUAGGGAUUUAUCAUUCAAACGGACAACAAGAUGAUCAAGAUGAAAUUGACUUACAUUCACCUGAAGGAUCACCAUUCAAUUCAUCAAACAUCCAUUUACCAAGAACAAGUCAUAGUCAUAAAACAAGAUCAAGACAACCUUCGACGAGAUCAGUUGUAUUCAAUUCAUCAAAUUCAAGAUCUGGAUUUUCGACAAAUUCAGAAAAUUCAGAUGAAGAAGAAGUGUUACCUUCCGCAUCAGGAUCAGGUCCAUCAAAUCCAUAUGGAAAUGAUUCACCUGAUUAUCAAACUGAUACAGGUAUCGCAGAAGAAGGUGGCAGUAGUAGUGGCGGAGGAGGAAUCAGACCAGGAAUGAUUUUCCGUGAUGGACAAUGGUUCACUGCAUUAGAUGAAAGAUAUUUAUUACCUUUAUUCAGUAAUUCAGUCACAGCAAGAAGACAUCAUGCUAAAAAGGCCAGAAAAGUCUCUUCGGGUAUAUAUAACAAUAAUCAUAAUCAAAAUAACGGUGGUGAUAGUGCUGUUGGAACACCAAGAGGUGGAAAUAGCUUGGACAUCAAUAGAGCUAGAUCAGGUGAGGAUGAUGAUUAUGGUUACGAUGGUGAAAGUGAGAACGGGAAAGUUAAAGGACCAGGAUUACCGAGGACGUUUAGCGGCUCAGUGACAGAUUUCUUUUUCGCCAAAGCUGAUCCCACGUUACCUUCGUCGUCAAACACAUCAUUACCCUUAGAAGACAGGGGUCGAGGAAGUCUGAAUCCACAAUCUAGAAGAGGAAGUGGUGAUGCAAGAGGUGGUAAUGGUGGUAGUGGUGGUGAAGGAAGGUGA